AGCGUAGUUUCUACAUACAGGCGUGAUCGUAUGUGCAAAAGACAGACUGGAAAGUCAAACAACACUUGCGAGUUGUAACCGGCCUCAUCCUUCUCAGAUCAAGCGGAUCGCCAGGUCGGCACUUUCCAUACGUUCGCCACCACGCUGCUUUGGUUCCGGCAUUCGAAGGACGGAAUUUGAAAGCUCAUCCGGGCACACAGAAAUUGAUCACGAUAACAAUAAAUUAUAAACAAGCAACCAUGCAGAUUUCACGGCUUCUCACCUAUCCGAUCAAAUCGCUCCGGGCGGUCGAACUGGAGAGCUCCGAGCUCACACAGCUAGGCUUCCCCUACGACCGGAGAUUCAUGCUCCUCGAAGUCACCAAAGACACCGACGACGGCAAGGUCAAAUAUGAGAACAUUCACAUUGCAAUCUACUACAAAGCGGCCUUGUUCCGUCAGCGCCUGAGCCUGCCAGGUCCGGACCCCAUCGCCGAGCCUGGCGAGAUCACCGUCAGCUUCCAUCCACCCGACGACGACGGCGAUGGCCACACACCCCGGGAGAUUGUGGUGCCGCUGACGCCCGGCAACACAGCCGAUCUGGAGGUGAUUGAAGUGGUGAUGCACCAGAGUGCGACGCGAGCAUACCUGAUGGGGCAGAAAUACACCGACUUCUUCUCGGCCUGUUUCGGGAUGCCCGUGGUGCUGGCCUAUCUGGGUGAGCAUCAGCGGCCGGUGCGCAUGUCGCACGACGUCCGAGAUCCGACGACGAGCGGUCCCUGGCAAGAGCAGGAGAAGAAUUCUUGGCUGGGUUCCUUGUCCAGCAUGACCGCGUCGGCGUCAAGCUAUAUCCUGGGCGGAGGAGCGAAGUCCGAGCCGCGCAUCACGUUCGCGGACUGCGCGCCUUAUCUCGUCGCGAGCGAACGAUCUCUGGAAGAUUUGCAUCGCCGAUUGCCCGAGGGCGAGCUGAUGGACAUCACAAAGUUCCGGCCGAACAUCGUCGUCUCCGGAGCAGACGAGCCGUGGGAGGAGGAUUUCUGGACCGAACUGACCGUUGCGGGGACGACGCGGAUCGCGUGCGUGCAGAAUUGCGGACGCUGCCUGUCCAUCAACGUGGACUAUGCGACCGGCGCGGGAGGUGUGAGUGCAGCGGGCAAGAUGCUCAAAUUGAUGCAGAAAGACCGUCGAGUAGAUCCGGGUAUGAAGUACUCGCCUAUUUUUGGCCGCUAUGCAUUCAUCGGCUCUGAAGCGCAGGGUCAUAGCAUCCGCGUUGGCGAUGUGGUAAAAGUGUCCAAGCGGACCGAGCAGAGGACUGUAUUCGGUAUGUCUUCCCCAUGGCCCGAGAGGGAUAUCACCAUCGUUAAUCUUGUAGAUGCGCUAACGUUUGAGGUGCGUAGAUUGGGACGGCCUUUGCACUCGUUGAUUUCGACGUUUGUACCGUGUACAGGGUUUGGUUGA